AUGUUGAUGGAAAAGAAACAACAACCCAAAAUCAAUCCCAGGGACUUAAAUGAUUACAGUGCAGCGGCGCUGAAUGUCGGAAUGCAAUAUGGCAGCGAACAGAAUAUAGAGAUCUUACCGGUCAACGGAGAGGAUCUGGUUCAAAGCAUGGCUAACCAGAUGCAAACAAUGUUGCAAGACAAGGCAAAAGCUGUCGAGAGAAUCGUUCAGUCGGCUGAGGAAGGUUUUCUGAAUCAUGAUUACGACAAUGCAACAGAGUUCACAUACUACAAUGCGAUCCUUGUUAAUACGAAUACUACAGUGGAUCCGGAUUUGGAGAAAGAUAUCCGGAAAGAACUGGACGUUACACCGGAUAGCCACUUUGACAACAUACCAAUCAACACUACUAUUGCAACUAUUCAAGUGCCAACUAAUGUAUACAAUCAAGGUAUUGAAUUGCUGAAUAGUAUUGAAGCGACGGUCCUCUUAGACGAAACCUAUCACGAGAAUUACCAGAAUGACCCGACUUUGACUUGGCAGUACUUUGGAAGCAGGACAGGAUAUUUCAGAGUCUACCCAGGGUAUAGAUGGAUCCCUCCUAUAGAGGAUCUCGAUCUGUACGAUUGCAGAGUACGUGGCUGGUAUGUUGAAGGGGCGACCUCUCCCAAGGACGUGGUCAUCCUAGUUGACAUGAGCGGUAGCAUGACCGGACUCUACGUCGAGAUCGCCAAAUACGCCAUCAAAAAGAUCCUCGACACCUUUGGCGACAACGAUUUCGUCAACGUCAUCAGUUUUAACGAAACUACCAAGUUCAUACAGCCAUGUUUCAACGAUACCCUCGUGCAAGCUACCUCAGAUAACAAAAAUUUGAUUAAAGAUGCACUGACUAGAUCAGUCCCCAAACUAGAGCCGUAUGGUAUGGCGGACCUAUCAAAAGCUGUGAGACACGCUUUUAAUUUACUUAGUGAUUUCAACAGCACCAACCGUGGUUCUGGAUGCAACCAAGCUAUCAUGAUCAUCUCCGACAUGCUCACAGAAACAGCGGAAGACGUCUUCGGGGAACUCAACCCAAAUCAAACGGUCAGGGUAUUCACCUACCAGACAGGCAGGGAGGUAGACGGGCCUACAAAUCUCAUCAAGGUCGCUUGUGAAAAUCGAGGCUACUACACCAGAUUAGCAACGAUAUCUGACGUCGAAGAACACGUAACGAGUUAUCUCCAUGUGCUCAGUCGGCCGAUGGUAAAUAAGCGACUACGUAAAACAGUCUGGAGUAGCGUCUACUGGGAUGCUUUGGGGCUUGGAUUAACAUGCUCGGUAUCUCAGCCAGUUUUUAACGUAAAAAACGAAACGAUGGACAAGGGAAUUCUUGAAGGAGUAGCAGGUUGCGAUGUUCCCAUCAACGAACUGAAAAAGUUUACUCCACCAUUUAAGCUUGGUGUGAACGGAUACUCGUUUGCGAUUACAAAUAACGGAUACAUCCUCUACCAUCCGGAACUGAGGUAUCUUCAUACAGAUGGGACCGUAAAACCGAAUUACAACAGUGUGGAUCUAGCCGAGCUUGAACUAUCCGAUACCGAUGAUGUGGAUUCUUCCAAAUGGAGUUCUGCACAUCUCGUUUCGGGAAAGGAGCUCCGUGAUGAGAUGGUGGACAGACUUUCUGGCAGCGUUACUAUGGAGAUUAAACAUAUGUUUAAUGAUAUGAAAAGAGUCAGCAUUCGACGCAGUAAAUAUUAUUUCACUCCUCUCCACGACACCCCUUACAGCUUGGGAAUUUCACUCCCUGAAUCAUAUGCGAAUAAACAUCUAGAAACUCCAGCUCUGUUCGAUCAAGAGCCUUCAGAUAAUCAAUCUUCCGCUGAUGUGUGCGAGAUACAACAAGCUGCCAGACUAUUGUUUGGAGAUGGGACCCUCGGACAAACGAUCAUAGCAAACUGGCUGUACUGCAAGAUCAAUUACAGUUCUUCUGAGCGAUACGAAGGAGAGGAACACGUCGCUCGAUUCCUCCAGGAUGCGGCUAAGAAGGAAGGGAAACUGAGUUCCACAUGUGAUACUGUCAUGGUCAACCACCUUAUAUUUGAUGCCAACGUCACUCGCUUCAUGCCGGAUUACUGGAAAUUAGUUUACGGUGAAGCACUGCCGAGGUGA